AUGGGCACCGAGUGCUGCUCUGGCCAACCCAGCCAUGAUGCCGUUUCCGCAGCCGUUUCUGAAGACAACCAUGAGAAUCAUCACCACGGAGAACACAGCCACCACCACGGCGGCCACAAUCAUGAGCAAGUCCAGGACCAUGGACACAGUCACGACCACGACCAUGACCCAGACCAUUGCAUGGUUGAGGAGCCCUGCACCCAGGAGGGGGAGUGCUGUGACGACGAAUUUUGCUGUGAAGAUUCCAGCCUUUCUGAAACUCUGGCCUGCUGCUCCAGUAAUGAGGAGCACUGCGAUGCCGCCAACGGACAUGAACACCAGCACGACGCAAAUGGGCAUCAUCCCUCUGGAGCAUGCAGUUCCCAUCUGGAAAAAGCAUUCAAGCAAUACAGCGCCUACCUGGACUCUGCUCGCUGCAUCUGUCGAAGCGUUCUCGAGCGAGGUUGGUCGACGACAUGCUGUGCUGACCAGCCCAAGAAAACCAGCCCUACCGCGACCCAAAACGCGCUGGAAGAUAAAGCCGAAAUAUAUGCCAGUGGGCGAAAGGUCCAUAAACACGACGGUCCUCAUCAUCACCACGGAAUUAGGUGCCGCGGAAAGAUGGCUAAGCACCAAGGCGAAGGCGACUCCUGCUGCAAGCCAGUAAAGCAUGAUUGUUGCAGUGGCCACGCGCUGGACCAUGACGCCAUUCAGCCCCUUGACAGCGGCAAGUCUCACGGGAUUCGUUCAAUCGAGCGCGAUGUUGAAAAGGUCGAGAGCCUAGAGCAUGUCACGCUUGUCGUUGACGGCAUGACUUGCUCAGGAUGUGGUAACAAGAUGACCAACACUCUGAAUAAGAUUGCUGGUGUAUCGUCCGUCAAAGUCAACUUCGUCAUGAGCCAUGCGGAAUUCGAGGUUGACACAUCGGUCAACACAGCAGCUGAGGUUAUUCGUGCUGCGGAGAGAGCAACCAACUUUCGUUGCAAUCGCAUGGCUAGCGAUGAUCAGGUUCUUGAUGUACUGGCAUCUGGAAAAUCGGCCAAGGCACUUUUGAAUUGCAACAUCAAGGGUGUAGCAGGUGCCACUAUUUUAAGCAAGACCACUGUUCGCUUAAGCUAUGUCCCAACUAUACUUGGGGCGAGAGAUUUGUUCGAGAAGCUUCAAGGCCAAGUCGAGGGGCUUGCUUCUCCUCGCGACGAUCCGUCGGUUUCGAGCGGCCGCAAGAGACUCUAUGACCAACUUGUCAAGACUGUUCUCGCUGCUGUUUUGACCAUUCCUGUCCUGGUUUUAGCUUGGGGAAGUACUCCUGUUGACGAACAAACCGGGGCCAUAAUUUCCAUUGUAUUAGCCACACUUGUCCAGAUUAUCGCCAUUCCGGACUUCUAUCGCCCGGCCAUCAGCGCUCUCAUUCACAGUGGCACCAUUGAGAUGGAUAUGCUCGUGGUCAUCAGCAUCACUGCGGCAUAUUUGUAUUCCGUUGUGGCUUUUGGAUUUCGCAUGGCUGGCAGGCCGCUCGAGACAUCGGAAUUUUUUGAGACCAGUACUCUUCUGAUCACCCUUGUGAUUCUCGGUCGAUUCGUGGCUGCUUUUGCGCGUAUCCGAGCUGUCGAGGCUGUGUCUUUGCGAUCUCUCCAAACUACAGCGGCUGUCAUCGUCGAGAACAAUAAUGAUAGAACCAUCGAUGCUCGUCUGUUGCAAUACGGCGACAAACUCAAGAUUGGACCUGACUCGGGUGUGCCCACUGACGGUCUCGUUCUAAGCGGCCAGAGUGACGUUGAUGAGUCAAUGCUCACUGGAGAGAGUGUUCCGGUUUCCAAAGGGCGAGGUGACGCAGUAAUUGCCGGCACAGUCAAUAAAAAUGGUACCUUGAUCGCUCAACUGACUCGACUUCCCGGCAAGAAUACUGUGACCGACAUUGCAAAGCUUGUCGAAGAGGCACAGAAUUCAAAGCCCAAGCUGCAGGACUAUGCAGACCGCGUUGCAAGCUGGUUCGUACCGGUUGUCACCUCAGUUGCCAUCAUUGUCGUGAUUGUAUGGCUGGUAGUCGGCUUCAAAGUUCGCAAGUACAACACUGGCAAGUCUGUCUCAAAUGCCAUCACUUAUGCCGUUGCGACUUUGGCCGUCUCCUGCCCAUGUGCCCUCGGCCUGGCCGUGCCCAUGGUCCUUGUCAUUGCGGGAGGCAUUGCCGCCCGCAGCGGUGUCAUUAUCAAGUCUGCGGAAUGCACGGAGCGAGCCCGCAAAGUGACGGAUGUUGUUUUUGACAAAACUGGUACCAUUACUGAAGAAAACUUGGAUGUGAAGAAACAAGUCCUUCUCAUCAAUGAAGCCAGAGCAGUAUCAAUCACGAAGGCCUUGGUCGCUGGUAACAAGCACCCGGUUUCCCUCGCUGUUGCCAACUAUUUGGAGGGCCGAAGUAUUCCUGCCGAGACCCUCAAUGACGUUCAAGUCAUCCCUGGAGCUGGAGUCGAGGCCAAACUCAACGGUGCCAUACUUCGAGCCGGAAAUCCUAAGUGGACCCAAACUGCUUCUCACGACCAAGUUUCGCGUCUUCAGAAUGAAGGCAUGACACUUUUGAUCGUCACCCAGGAUGGAGCACCUAUCGCCUUGUUUGGUCUUCGAACUCAUCUUCGCAAAGAGGCUGUCCGAGUUGUCUCCCAAUUGGCCAGUCGCAAUAUCACCACCCAUCUGGUUUCUGGUGACCAGAAGCACGCUGUUGAAAUGGUUGGCUCCGAAGUCGGAAUUCCCAACAUUGUGUCGCAAUGCACGCCUGUCGAAAAGCGAGACUACGUCGCUAAACUGAUGAAGGAGGGGAAAUUCGUCAUGUUUGUUGGGGACGGAACCAAUGACGCCGUUGCCGUAUCGCAAGCAGAUGUUGGUGUCCAGCUCGGCAGUGUUCUGUCUGCCAGCGAUGUCACCGGAAAAGCUGCCGACGUCGUUCUUCUCAAUGGACUUGAGGGAAUUCCUUUCCUCUUGGAAAUUAGUCGCGUAAGCUUUCGACGCAUGUUGUUCAACUUUGCGUGGUCCGCGGUGUACAACGUUCUGGCCAUUCUCCUGGCGUCUGGUGCAUUCGUCAAUAUUCGCAUUCCACCAGCCUACGCCGGUCUGGGUGAGAUUGUCAGCGUUGUCCCCGUCAUUGUGGCAGCCAUGACCAUGUUGCUGAAGAAGCCAAAGGUACCGGUUCCGAGAGUGUAA